UUCCCUCUCCAUUAGAUCUACAGUUUCAGGAUGGGUGUAACCAACUAGAGCUGCACAUUCUCUGCACAGCCGCAUGUUUUGUAGAUCAGAGGUGAAACUAGUCUCAGCUAUGAGGAAGUGAAACUCAAGCAUUCGUUGUUACUGAGAGGAGAAAUGGCUCAGCGAGGAAAUCAACUGGACCAGGAGAAAUUCUGCUGUUCCAUCUGUCUGGAACUCCUGAAGGAUCCGGUGACUACUACCUGUGGACACACCUACUGCAUGAAGUGUAUUAAAAGCCACUGGGAUACAGAGGAUGAGAAGAGAGUCUACAGCUGCCCUCAGUGCAGAGAGGACUUCAUACCAAGACCUGUAGUGAGGAAAAACACCAUGUUAGCAGAUUUAGUGGAGGAGCUGAAAAAGACUGGACUCCAAGCUGCUCCUGCUGAUCACUGCUAUGCUGGAUCUGAAGAUGUGGCCUGUGAUGUUUGCACUGGGAGAAAACUGAAAGCCUGUAAGUCCUGUCUGCAGUGUCUGGCUUCUUACUGUGAGAAACACCUCCAGCCUCAUUUUGAAGUACCUCCAUUAAAGAAACACAAGCUGGUGGAGCCCUCCAAGAAGCUCCAGGAGAACGUUUGCUCUCAUCAUGAUGAGGUGAUGAAGAUAUUCUGUCGUACUGAUCAGCAGUCUAUCUGUAAUCUCUGUUUAAUGGACAAACACAAAGGUCAUGACACAGUCUCAGUUGCAGCAGAAAGGAGCGAGAGGCAGAGAGAGCUGGAGGUGAGUCAACAAAACAUCCAGCAGAGAAUCCAGGACAGAGAGAAAGAUGUGAAGCUGCUUCAACAAGAGGUGGAUGCUAUCAAUGGCUCCGCUGAUAAAACAGUGGGGAACAGUGAGAAGAUCUUCACUGAGCUGAUGCGUCUCAUGAAGAAAAGACGCUCUGAUGUGAAGCAGCAGGUCAGAUCCCAGCAGCAAACUGAAGUGAGUCGAGUCAGAGAGCUUCAGGAGAAGCUGGAGCAGGAGAUCACUGAGCUGAAGAGGAGAGACGCUGAGAUGAAGAAGCUCUCACACACAGAAGAUCACAACCAGUUUCUACACGACUACCCCUCACUGUCACCACUCAGUGAAUCUACAGACUCAUCCAGCAUCAAGAUCCGUCCUCUGAGGUACUUUGAGGAUGUGACAGCGGCUGUGUCAGAAAUCAAAGAUAAAUUACAGGACGUGGCGAGAGAGAACUGGAGAAACAUCUCACAGACAGUGACUGAAGUGGAUGUUUUACUGUCAGAACCAGAGCCGAAGUCCAGAGCUGAGUUCUUAAAAUAUUCAUGUGACAUCACACUGGAUCCAAAUACAACAUACUCACAACUUUUAUUAUCUGAUGGGAACAGAAAAGUAACAUAUAUGAGAGAACAACAGUUUUAUUCUAGUCACCCAGACAGAUUCACUAAUUGUUGGCAGGUCCUGAGUAAAGAGAGUCUGAUUGGUCGUUGUUACUGGGAGGUGGAGUGGAGAGGAGUAGUUUCUGUAGCAGUCGCAUACAAGAAUAUCAGCAGAGCAGGGAGUUCAGAUGAAUGUUUGUUUGGACUCAAUGACAAAUCCUGGGCGUUAGAUUGUUACAACAAGAGUUAUGACUUCUGGUACAACAAAUUCGGCACUGAUGUCUCAGGUCCUCAGUCCUCCAGAGUAGGAGUGUACCUGGAUCACAGAGCAGGUAUUCUGUCCUUCUACAACAUCUCUGAAACCAUGACUCUCCUCCACAGAGUCCAGACCACAUUCACUCAGCCUCUACAUGCUGGACUCGGGUUUUAUAAAUUUUUUUUUUUUUCUUCUAAAGGCACUGCUGAGUUGUGUAAACUGAAAUAGACAGAAGUCAUUUCAGGGACAGAAGCUUCAAGUCUGUGUUUAAACUCUUAAACUUAUUUAGUCUGAUUGCUUGUAGCUGAGAGCUCAUUGUUGUUUCUCACUGCACACAGAUCACCUGUCAAUCAAACAUUAGGGGCGGUACUUUGACGUCUAAAUUUCUGUUGUCGUGUUUUAAGGCUGUUGUUUUUUUUAAGUUGGAGCUCCUUCCUGCGUCUGUUUAGCUAUGGAGGCUAUCUCUGCUCAUGAUGAAGUUUGUUCACCUGACCUGACGUGAAGAUUUAAACGUGUGUGUGCUCUGAGUGUUUGUUUGAUAGUUGAAUAUAAUCAGAUCAAAGAGGAAGGAGAAAUAUUUUCAUGUUUUACAGGAUUUUUCAUGUUUUACAGGAUUAGUGAAAAUACUGAAUAUUAUUGUUCUGCCUUAUCUGUUCUCUAGUUAAAGAAAAAUGAAGAAAAUGAUACAGAGAAAGAACCAUUUGGUGUUUUAAAUGGAUGUUUAAUCUAAAGUUUGAUCUGAUAUUUCAGUGUACAUGAUUUUUUUUUAAAGCACAAAAAAAGAUCUUCCAAACUUUAUUCAGUCAUUUAUUUGAAUGAGAGAGCUCAAGUCUGAACUCAGAAGAAGAGGUAUUUAAAACAACAACAAAGACAAAUCAAUAGAAUAAAUUUAAAUCUGUCAAAGGUUCAACUUGUGAGAAAGACAAUUUGUACAUUUCCAACCAUUUUUCAAAAUAAAAUGACGAACAAAUAUCAAAGU